UGGAGUGCUUCGCAAAGAGAGAGAACGAAGAGCUUUUCUAGGAAAUGCGUAAGCAAGAUAGUGAGUGAUUAAAACGGCUGUCGCCAGGGGGAUUCUCUCAAGUAAUUUAGCGACAUUCCGACAAACAAAACAAUGUUGGUCUUCGAGUAUUACUUCGGCAGUGGCAGUGAACGGUAGUGGAUAGCUGAAGGAAGGCUGCCUUCGUGAUCUUUUCAUGGAGUGGCUGAAGGGUAAGCACCAUGGGUCACAAAAAGAGAGGCAUCGCAGUGCUAAUAUGUCACCUCACACUUCUGAAUGCUCUGCAAAUGCCUUCUGCAAGCGUAGUGGAAGAACGGCCUAUGAUACAGGAAGGGUUCACGUCCUCUCGUUAUGGUGAACUGAAAUGUCUCCCGGAAUUCAAGGUCUCUGACGAGAAACCUGACAUCAAGUGGAUCAAGCCCGAGAAAAGCACAUUGAGAACAAAAUCGAUGAAGAACAAGAACAUUAUCUUUACGAGCACCGUCAGUAGGAAAGACGUGGGGAAUUACACGUGCAUUGCGACCUAUUCCAACGGAACUCGCAUUUCUCAGACGUUCAGCGUUUGCGUCACAUUGAGCACCCCCACAACAAAGAAGCCAGAGAGAGGCACAAUCUCUGACGAAACCUAUGUCCCAGAGGGUCACAGCAUCACCCUCGAAUGCCAGGCUUUCAUUGGGACUCCACGUUGCGUGUACCCUUUCAAGUACACGCUCACGUGGUCAAAGAUGUUGCUGGAACAUGGGAGACUGGAAGAACUUACUUCGUCAGAUGACAUGGACAUCACUGAGCCACAGAUAAUAGAAAAUGGGUUUCUGAAUGGUAAGCUCAACAUCAAGAAAGUCCGCUCGUCUCAUUAUGGAACCUACUUUUGCAACAUUACCAAUGAAAAUGGAUAUCUCGUUCAAGAGGUCAAUAUUACUGACAAAGUGCCCCUGAAACUCCUGCAGGAGCGCGAGCUGUGGCUCGUGUGUGCGGUCAUCAUAUGCAUCACGCUGAUUCCCUUCUUCAUUUACGGCCUCCAGCAUAGCAUGGCCAGCAUCACCCUCUUCUUCAAGUCGCUGGGAGCCAACCCUUCGAUGGCAGCGACUGUCCGUAAAGUUCUACCCGAGAUGGGCAAAUUUCCUCUCCUAGUCAGCCAGAAGAAGAAGGUGGACGACGACAAGGCGGAUCUCCUGGAGCGCGCUGUGUUGGUGGCUGGGUCUUCCUGACUCCAGGCACUCCUCGAAGCGCUGGGUUCAUACACUCACAAUGCUACCCAUUAGUUUCAUGUGUGAUUUACAUUCUUGCUUCGUCUAGCUUUCACGAGAUUGAUUCUCAUUAUACAGUUACUGUCUUUGUUGUUAUUCACUGAAA